UCUAAACCAAACUACCUUGUACCAAAUUACUGGAUAUGAUUGUUUGCAGGCAUUUGUGUAUUUGUCACCUUUGUUCCUCCACUUCAAGAGUGUGACAAUGUUCAUCAUAAACCCUCCACUCACUGUGCAGUAUAAGUAUCAUGAACAAAUGGCAGGAGAUAAAAGAAGUGGAUUGGGUCGUGGCGCAAUACUUCAACAAGCCUCUAAUCAACCUAAACCUGGUGUAGCUCACCACUACAAGCCUGUGAGUGUGGAGGGAGGGCUGCCAGGCGCUCCACCAGCCAUUCCAGGGGAGUGUGCUGUGCAUCACUCCUGGCGGUACCUCUCCAAUGCACCUGUAGCUUACCAGAUGCAGCAGAUGCUGGAUGCCAAGGAGGGUCAGUCAGAUACAUUGUUGUCAUUUACACAACACACCACCACUACUGCUGCUUAUGCCACUGCUCCCACCACUACUGACCUUCCUGAAAAGGCACCACUGAAUGUAGUACAUGGAGGUGGUGCUAGUUCAACCAAGGACAAUAAUGGUGGAAAUGGUCUGUGGGAGCCAUGGUGCCCAGACCCAUACUUCUGCCCACCACCUAAUGUUGCCUCACCUACUGAGUUCCCUCAGCUUGAGCGUGGUGGUCCUGCCUUCAGAAAGAAAAUGUAA